AUGGACGACUCAGCUUUUGGUAAUGUAUUGGUGGUCGGCGCAGGAGGCUUAGGUUGUGAAAUUUUAAAAAAUAUAUCCACUUUUUCACUUAAACGCAUAGGUAUCAUAGAUAUUGACACAAUUGAUAUCACUAACUUAAAUCGCCAGUUUUUUUAUAACGCUGAUCACAUAGGAAGUCACAAAUCGAAAGUAGCGGCGCAUGUUUUAACAAAUUUUUUACAGAACAAGGUAAAAAUCAACUUUUACGUCUCGACGAUCCAAGAUUUUUCUGAAGAGGCGUUUAAAUCCUUCGAUAUCAUAGUUUCUGCGUUAGACAACGUAAAAGCACGGUCUUAUUUGUCGAAACUUUGCAUUAAAUACGACAAACCACUGGUCGAAGGAGGCAGCACAGGGUAUAAUGGCCAAUCUUAUUUGAUUUGGAACUUGUGUGAUACAGAGUGUUAUGACUGUAGAAAAAAACCUACGCGCGACAACUUCCCGGUCUGCACUAUCAGAGGUCUUCCCACGCUACCUGUCCACUGUAUCGCUUGGGCGCUGAUGCUUUUUAACUCUAUAUUCAACGGCACCUCAAAUUCUGAACUUAUUUACAAGAGCAUCUCACAAUGGAAGCUAACUGACUUGCCAAGAGCUUUUAAUAUAGAUAACACAUUAGCUCAAACAGAAAGUAAUGCUGAAGUAAUAGACAUCAGCGAUAACGUUAAACCAACUUCAGAAGACGUUUCCCAUGCCAUAGACGAUGAGGAUGAUAUCGAAUUUCUUAUGGAAGAAAAUUCUCCAAAAAAACGACGGCAUAGUUCUGUUGAUUUUAUUGCUGCUACUCAUGACAAAAAAAGAAAAUAA